AUGUCGAGUUCGUAUGAGCGCGGGGUGACCUGCUGGUAUCCGGAUGAAAAAUUAGGGUGGAUAGGUGCACAGGUCGACAAAGUGACUAGGGACGCCGGCAAGACCACAUUGGAACUCACUCUUGAGGAUGGCUCGUCAAAGACGGUGACCGGGUCCGAUGAGGACAUCGCGAAUAACAAGGCAAACUUCCCGCCUCUUCGCAACCCCCCAGCGCUAGAGACGAGUGAGGAUCUGACGGGGCUGUCUUAUCUGAACGAGCCGGCAGUUCUGGAGGCUAUUCGUGCUCGUUACGCGCAGCUCUCUAUUUACACCUUCUCUGGUAUCGUUCUGAUUGCCACCAACCCGUUCGAUCGUGUUGACAAUUUAUACACAUCUGAGGUUAUUGACAUGUACGCUCGCAGGCGCGAGCGUUCAGAGUUGCUACCUCAUUUGUUCUCUAUUGCUGGCGAUGCAUACUCGCACAUGAAAGAUUUCAAGCAAAACCAAACAAUCGUGGUUUCCGGUGAGAGUGGUGCUGGUAAAACAGUGAGUGCAAAGUAUAUUAUGCGCUACUUUGCAUCGGCCGAAGACCCUCAAUACCCUCGAAAGGCGCUUCCGAGCGGCACUGACCUCAGCGACGUUGAACGCGAAAUUCUCGCCACAAACCCAAUUAUGGAGGCCUUUGGUAACGCUAAAACCACUCGAAAUGACAACUCCUCUCGUUUCGGCAAAUACCUUGAAAUCCAGUUCUCAGAUAUGAUGCAAAUCACUGGAGCAAGAAUCCGUACGUACUUGCUUGAGCGCUCGCGUAUCGUGUUCCACCCUCCCACUGAGCGUAAUUACCACAUUUUCUAUCAGCUUGUCAAGGGUGCUACAGAUGAACAAAAGGAAAAAUUUGGACUUGGUUCCGUUUCCGAUUACAACUAUUUGAAUCAGGGCGAUCCAGAUAUUCAAGGCGUGGACGAUGCCGAGGAUUUCCAAGCAACUUGCCGAGCGCUAGACGUCGUUGGCAUCGACUCGGAUUCCCAGUCCAAUAUUUUCCAGGUUAUUGCUGCUUUACUACAUCUUGGUAACACUACUAUCAAAGCCACUCGCUCGGCAGUUAGUGUCAGUAGCGAAGACCCUGAACUAGCAAAGGCCUGUGAGCUCUUGGGUGUUCCUGCAACAGAUGUCGCUAGAUGGUUCAUGAAAAAGCAGAUCAUGAUGCGCAGCGAGAAGAUUAUGUCCGACCUUGACCACAAGACCGCGUUAGUUGUUCGAGAUUCAGUUGCCAAGUAUGUUUAUUCUGCUUUAUUCGACUGGCUCGUCGCGGCAAUCAAUGUUAAACUUGAAGCUCCUGAGGAGCUAGCUUCGACAUUCAUUGGCGUUUUGGAUAUCUAUGGUUUCGAGCAUUUCAAGACUAAUUCUUUUGAACAGUUCUGCAUCAACUACGCGAACGAGAAGCUUCAGCAGGAGUUCAAUCAGCAUGUCUUCAAACUCGAACAAGACGAAUAUGAAGCUGAAGACCUUGAUUGGACAUAUAUCGACUUUGUCGACAAUCAGCCCUGUAUCGCUCUCAUUGAGGCGAAACUUGGUAUUCUUGGCCUUCUGGAUGAAGAGUCCCGCCUACCCGCUGGUUCUGAUGACGGAUUCGUUCAGAAACUGUACAGCUCUUUCGGUGCUGAAAAGCACCAACCGUACUUCAAAAAGCCCCGCUUCGGUCAAACUUCGUUUGUUGUUGGGCAUUACGCUAUAGAUGUUGCCUACGAGGUGGAUGGAUUCAUAGAGAAGAACCGUGAUACUGUUCCAGACCAGCUUGUUGAUGUGCUCAAUAACUCAAAUAACGAGUUCUUAAGGACAGUAUUGGAUGCUGCUGCUCAGACUGCUGCUGCCGCCGAGGAGAAGGUGUUGGCCGCUAGCAAGAAGCCCGCGGCCGCUCCUGGCGCACCAGGUCCGAGAGCUGCCGCUAAGCCUCGCAAACCCACACUGGGAAAUAUCUUCAAGAACUCUUUGAUUGAUCUUAUGGAUACAAUCAACUCAACGAAUGUGCACUACAUUCGAUGCAUCAAACCUAAUGAGAGUAAAGAGGCCUGGAAGUUUGACGGACCGAUGGUUUUGUCUCAGUUGCGUGCGUGCGGUGUUUUGGAAACUAUUCGUAUUUCAAGUGCUGGCUUCCCAUCUCGUAUGCUUUAUGAGGACUUCGCUCAUCGCUACGAUAUCCUUGUGCAUUCAUCAAUGCGCCGUGAGAACGUACGUCAGUUGUCUGAGGGUGUUUUGAAAGCUGUGGAUAUUGACGAAGACAAAUAUCAGCUGGGUAAGACGAAGAUGUUCCUAAGGGUUGGAAUGCUCGCGUUCCUUGAACGCAAGAGAAAUGAUCGCCAUGUUGCAGCUGCCACAACCAUUCAAAAGUUGUUCCGCAUGCACUCCACGCGAGCCAAGUACAGAGCUGCAAUCGCCGAUAUUAUCAAGACACAAACUGCCAUCCGUGGCUUCCUGGUACGGCUUAGAGCUCGCUUGGAGCGUGAGGAUCGUGCAAUUCGCCGGUUACAAGCACAAUACCGUGGUAACAGCGCUCGCCGUCACUACGAAGGUGUUCGGAACUAUGUGCGCUCCCUUCAAACCUUAUCGCGUGGGUUCAUCGCCCGUAAGACACUUGUCAACAACCGCAAGAACGAGGUCGCCACUCAUUUGCAAGCAGCAUUGCGUGGUUAUCUGGCUCGUAACAGGUUUAAGCGCAGCGUCAAGUCUGUUAAGCUGGUGCAGAGUAUGAUUCGUCGUCGUGGCGCUCGUGCAGAGCUCCAGCAUCUGCGCGAGGAGCGACAGUCUGUCAAACACUUUGAGGAAGUUCAAUACCACCUCGAGAACAAGGUUAUUGAGUUGCAGAAUCUUGCUUCUGGUCGUGCUGACGAAAUUCGAGGCCUCAACGAGCAGCUCAAGACUGAAAAGGCUGCUGUGGCUGCCCAGGUUGCUCUUUUAGCAGCAGCCCAAGCAGCGCAAGCGAAACAAAGCACAUCUCAUGCCAAAGAGUUGGCUUCUCAUCAAGAGAAGUUUUCCGCUGCGGACCGGGAGCUCAAAGAGCUCAAGGAUACACACUCCAAGCUUGAAGCUUCCUCCAAGCAGGAACUUGCUUCUCGUGAUAAAGAGAUCAAUCAGCUCAAAGCUACCCUUGCUGAGAAGGAGUCAACUAUCACUGAGCUCACCGCCAAGAUUACUGAGCUUGAACAGGCAGUUGAGAAAGCACGUCGUGCUGCUUUGGUAGCGAAUGCUAAUGGUAGUGCUACAAGCAUGGUGGGCGCCGGGGCUAUGCCUCGUCCGCGCACUCUCCAUGGCCGCCACGCAAGUCACAGCGAGCUUGAAGAGUACACAGCUCCGCACGAGUCUUAUUACCGAUACAGUGAUGGUGAGGUCAAUGAGAUUAACGAUCGUAUUGAAAAGAUGCUUGUCGACUCGCCUGGUAUUCGCGAGGAACUCAUUGCCAAGCUUGUUCGCAACUUGGUUGUGCCAACUCCCAAGACAGACAAGGUCUUUGAGCGUCGUGACAUUGUGUUCCCGGCCAACAUGAUCAACCUUGUUAUCAGCGAACUUUGGCGCUUUGGGUACACGUCUAAUUCGGAGUCGUUUAUCGGCAGCGCUUUAGAAAGUAUUCAAGAGGCCGUGCAAAAGGUUCGCGGCGAAAAGAUCAUCCCUGUUGGCGCGUUCUGGCUUUCUAAUGCUCACGAAAUCUACUCUUUCCUGUGUCUUGCUGAGACCAAUAUUUUGCAGAAUGCUCAACUACGGGAAGAAAUGAGUGAGCUUGAGAUGCGUCAAUACCAGGAGCUCAUGUCAGUGGCGAAAGUUGAUGCGGAGUCGGUGAUUUUCAAUAUCUACUUUGUCUGGAUGAAGGAGAUCAAGAAGAUUUUCGACAAGAUGAUCGUGUCUGCCGUGGUAGAGGAGCAAAGCAUUCCUGGGUUCCAAACCGACACGAACCCGCGAUUCCUUACUCGUUUCUUACCUAGCGCAUCCAGUGAAUCGUCGAUGAAUGAUCUUCUCACGCUGAUCACUCGUGUAUAUACAGCCCUCACUGCGUUCCAUCUUGAAGAUGGGUAUGUUCGGCAGCCCAUCCUUGAGCUUCUUGAGAUGGCGGGAGCCAAGGCCUUCAAUGACAUGAUUAUGCGCAAGAACUUCUUGUCCUGGAAGCGGGCGGUUCAGAUCAACUACAACGUUGCCCGCAUCGAGGAGUGGUGCAAAGGCCACAGUCUGCCUGAGGGCGCCCUAUCUUUGGAGCGCUUGAUGCAGGGCGCUAAGUUGCUGCAGCUUAAAAAGUCCUUUGAGGCGGACGUCGACAUUUUGUACGAUAUCUGCUGGGCUCUCACGCCGGCACAGAUUCAGCGUCUGAUCACUAAUUAUUAUCCUGGUGACUACGAGGAACCAGUGCCCCCCAAAGUGCUCGAUUAUGUUGCCCAGCGGGUUAAAGACUCUAAAGAUACGGCCACUCAAUUACUUCUGGAUGUGAGCAACGUGAACGGCGUCGACAAAUUCGAAAUGUGCCCGCCCCGCACUCUGCAGAAGAUUGAGCCUUACAUGCCCCAAGAUCUCGAUGUUCCCAAGCUGCGGGAGCUUGCAAAGCUCACAACGAUGUCAACAAGAUUGGAAGAAGCCGGGGCUGGUGAAGAAGACAUGGACUCGACGGAAGAGGUCGCAGAAGCACCAAAUGGAGAAGUAGCAUGA